AUGGGUAUCUGGUCUACUGUUCAAAAUCAUGAGAUGUCAUUCUUUUGAAAUCAAUGAGUCAAAGUUCUCCCCUGUUAAAACGCAUGAAAGAUGUAUUGGAGCUAAGACAGUACGAGAUCAGGCCAUUCAGCAAGUGAAUUGAGAGUAUCAGUGAGCUAUUCUCUGUACUUUUCAAGUACAAUAAUCUGCUUCAGCUGGUUUUCAACUACAAAUAUUGGGCUACUUUGUUGGUGAGCCUAUCCUGCAGUUUAGGUUUGUCAAGCAUCAGCCGCCAAUGGAAGCCACUCUGAUUUUGAAGUAACAUAAUCUGCUUCAGCUGUGCCUGACCCAGCAAGUGGCGAAUCGGAGCUCUAUGGAAUUCUUACUUACAUCAAGUAUGAAAUGAUCUGGAUUUUGCAACCCUAAGCUCAGCAAGAGGUGCUGAAAGGAUAAUGUCUUUGAUUGGCUUAAGACUGCUCAUAUCUGUAACAUAGAUAUUUGGUGAGGUAUGAAGCGUAGGAUGAAAUAUAUGAACUGCCAAAAUCUAAACCCUGGACAAUAUAUCUUGGCUUCCAUUGGGUUUGAUGUACAUCGGUAAAUGGCUAUGUGUCUGCGUCAACUCUCCAAAGAAUGCAUCACUUGCAUGAUUGCACAUCGCCUGGCAGAUUUCUCCUCCAUUGUCAUGAUGAUCUAGCAGCAUGUUUGGAGAGAAAGAAAUGACAGGAUCUUCGAUCUGAAGGCAGUGAACUUAAUGGCAAUCUGUGAUCGCAUCUCAGAGGAGAUAUACACAUACACCUGCAUUUGGCUAAGUCUGAAAGAUGGAAACCAGGGUGCAAGUCUGUGGGCAGUGGGCCGGGCACACGAGCACCAGCUGCUAUUUCUUGUGGACUGCUUUAGUAGCCGCAUGUUCCUGAUAUGAACUUUAUGUAAUAUCAGGGUGAAACUUCAGGUGACAAGGCUGGCGAAUCAUCACUCUGUUCAAAUAUCGGCAUGAUGAGGACGACGGGAACAUCCUCUGCUGCAAAAGUUUGACGAAUCAAUCCCGUGCCCCACGUUUCAGUCACUGUCUCCAUGAGCAUGGCUACUUGCCAACUUCAGUAGGGGGAUUGGCACUGGCAUGACUACUUGACUGUCGGGUAACACCCUCCAGGCACCCAUGGACCAGACCAGGUAGCAAAGAUGUGCAAGUGCUUCUACUUCUGAGCUAUAUAUGAGGGUAGCAAAAUGUGCGUACUGGGGUAGACACCAUCCAAGAGCUGCACUUGGUUCUGAAAAGAGGAGACACUGAAGCUUUCAGGUCAAUAUUCAGUCAUACACGGUACACCCAAUCAACAAAGAAAGCACAUAAACAUUUCAGGUAGAUCGGGAAGACGGUUACACCUGUUACUGAGGACCGAAGGGUGAUCAGGCUACUUGCAACAGCAAAGAAAAUUACAGUCUUGUUGCUUCAAAUCUACACUCUGGCUCUUGUCAAAGUAACUUGUCGUCCCAAACAUUGGCGGGUGUUCACUUUUCUCAACGCAUUCCGUAGCUGAAGAGUAGCAAUUGCGGGCACUUGUGUCGGACAUUGUUGAUCCGGGGAGCGGAGUUGACGUUCUGUUCAAGAAAUUGAUCCAGAACAGAGUUUUUCUGCUGAAUACUCAUAGCUUAUAGAUAAAGGUACAUACUCAGAUCCAAUACCCUGUGGUUGGCAUCCGGCGUUUGCAGGAUCUAUGUAUAAAAUGGAAAAAUUACUCAACUCUGAUGCUGUUCAGUUCGUUGGUUUACAUACAUAGUUCAGACACACUAGCCCGCUAACCCGAAGGCAUGAGGUUGUUAUGCUUUUUUUUAACUAUGAGGUUGUUAUGCAAUUCACAUGAAAUGUGCCUCAAACACAAGCUCCUUGUAAUAAUAUACUGGGGUAUUGCUCCCUAUAAUUAAUAGAAUACCAGUUGCAGAAGCAACUAAAAUUUGCAUAUCAAGCAGAUGCCACCAGAUAAACAUGUCCCUAGAACAUCCAAAGCUAAGCCAGCUGUUCCUUUCAUCAGCAAUCAGCAACCAGCUCCUUAUCUCUCGUCGUUUCACUACACUCACCGAUCUCAUUAUCUUGAUCUGAAACCAAACUACACGCUCGUGCAGAUGAGUUUGCUGCUGAUAAUUCAGACAUGACAGCUAAAUUUGCUAAACAUGCCACCUCCGACCGUCGAGGCUUUGACCUGUGAUUUGCAAAUUUGCCCACCAAGGAAAACACCUUAUUUAAUACAGGUAUGUCACAGCUAAAUGCUAGGUUAGCAACCCAUUAAAUAAUGGCCUGAGCAUGCAAGAAAGAUCCACCAUCAGACGAAACUGCAAGGGACAGUAGCACAAAACAAUGUACUAAACAUGAGAUGACUUUAGUGCUGCGAUCUCUAUGCUUCUGGCAGAUCUCAAGGCAUAGCAGACAGCAUCUGGGAGAUGUAAUGGCAUGAUUCUUCAUGUCUACCAAUCAAAUGCUACUGUUUGUACAUUUAUGUAUAAAUAGGCCUGAGCAGAGCAGUAGACACAUCAAACGAAGAAGUGUUCUUUUCUGCUCCUCCUGUCUUCAACCACAAUACAUACAGAGAAAAGCUUCAAGCUCAGAUAUGGCUUUCCACCAAAGAUCGAUAAGUUUGCCUUCUAGGCCUCACAUCAGUGAGACCCAAGUUGAGCAAGAACUCCAGAGCCUAGAAGCAAGCAUCUCUUCCUCCAAUUCCAUCAGCGCGAUGUGCGAUGGUCUGAGGAGUCUUGCAAACAUCUAUGAUGGUCUUGAAGAGAUUAUUUGCCUACCAGGCCACCAAGUUUUCUCCUCCCAGCAGAGGAAGAUGUUGGAUAGAGAGAUGGGAUGCUCCGUUGAGCUCUUAGAUCUCUGCAGCACCAUGCAAGAGACCUUUGCUGAGAUGGUGGUCAUCAUCCAAGAGCUGCAAGUGGCUCUAAGAAAAGGAGAUGAUGCAGCUGCUCAAGCCAAGAUCAAGUCUUUUACUCGCUUGACGAAGAAGGCCAGGAAACACUUCAAGAAAACUGCCAAGAAGGCUGCAUCCAACAAGAUGGUCAUGCUAUUGACCAACACAAGAGAGAUAUGCAUCUCUCUGCUGGAGUCCACACUCCAUCUCUUGUCGAAGCAAAUUGAAAUGCCAAAGCAGUCCCUUGUCUGCAAGGCAUUUUACAAGAAGAAGGCCGUUGUUUGCGAGGAGGGACAAUUGCAGGAGUUAGAGUGCAGCAUCGGAGAGCUUCAGGAUGGAGCAGGAAUUCUGUUCAGGAAAUUAGUCCAGAACAGAGUUUCUCUAUUAAACAUUCUUAGCUCAUAAAUACUCCACAUCACUCUACUCCCUGCGAUUGGCAUCCGCCUUUUUGAGGAUGAGCCGAUCUUGAUACAGUUUUCCCAUGUGUAUAGUAUACAGUACAAAUGUACAGAAAUUAUAGAAACAAAGACAAGUUGUGAUCCUUAUCAGAUUUUGCGAUACUGAUAAUAAUCUCUUGGGGCUUUGUGAUGAAUAUAUGCAUGAC